AUGCAGAAGACCUUUCAAUUAAGAAGCGGGGUGAGCCAAAAAGGAGUGAGUGGUAGAAAAACAAAUUACGAACUAAAUACAAUCGUAGAGUUUUAUUGUUUUAACUGCCAAACAGCAGAAGGAGAAGAAGGUGGAGGAGGUGAUGACAUUCCACCGCAAAUACAAACAAAAUCCGAGAAUAAUAAGGCAGAUUUAAUUGAAAAUGAUUCAGGAGAGGAAGGGGAAGAAAUAAAUGAACUCAAUGAAACUAGCGAAAAAAAUAAGGGUAAAUUGCUCGAAAAAAUUAUACAACUUCAAAAAGAAAUGAUUUCGUUAUUGGAGAAAGCAUUAGAAGAAAAAAAAGAAAAAAGAAAAUUGCUGAAAGAAAAUUCCGACCAGCAAGAAAGCAAAAAUUUAGAAGAAGAAAUUAAUAAAUUAGAAAAGGAACUAAUUCAAAAAAGGCAAGAAUUAGAAGAAUUGGAAAGGCAAUAUACAAUAGAAAAGAAAUAA